AACUGUUCGUACUCCCCACUCUUUCUACUCAGUUAUUUUGUCUUCACACGUCCGAAGAGAGGAGAGAAUACGACUUCACGACCUUUUGAAAAUUCUCCAGAUCCCAAAUCUCAACUCUUCUAAAGCAAUCAAUCAACAUGAAUCCAUCAGGUACGCUUUCGCUCUUAGAUUUGAUUCUCGAUUGUUCAAUAUGAACGCUCUUGGGAUUAAGCGAUUCAAUAGCAUACGGUUAAAUCCAAUUCUAUCCGGAACUCCUAAUGCUGACUGCUCUCGAGCAGGUGGAAACUCCUGGAAAGGUCAUCAU